AGGUGAUAGAGUGUGGUCAAUGGUUGAAUAAUAACUGUGACUGUCAUAACAAUAAUUAGUGUUGUGAGGCUUAACUAAAGUCAGUCUGUCCCUCAUCAUUACUGUGCAAUGUGAUGGAAUGGAUACACACAUACACAGAGGCUAACAACUGUCACCAACAACAUCAGCAUACCUUUAUACAUAUCUGACAUACUGCACAUAUCUAACAAUAUCACCACCUCUACUAUACACACCUGAUAUACUGCACACUGACUGACUCUCACUAUAUCACAUUAAAGUGUGUGUGAGAGAGAGAGAGAGAGAGACACACACAUAUAACCAGAAACUGACAGAUCAGAAGACAAUGUAUGAUAUCUUUUCACAGGUUAUUUAAACCUCCAACACUCCUGUUGAUGUCGUUAAUGCAUCAUUUUACACACAUACACACACACACACACACACACUAGCCUCCAAUGUUUGCCUUAAUCACACUACUUUUACUCACACCUCACUCUCCGUUCUACUAUACUUCAUUUCUAUCUCCAAGUUUCCUUCCUCCUAAAUAUUGCUCAUAUCUGACUGCCUCUCUACCUCACUCCACUUCCCUCUCUCACACAUACCCCUCCCUCUCACAGACAAUCAUCUCUCCCCUCUGUCUUUGACACUAUUUUCUCCCUCUUUCUCUCUCUCACACUAACCCUCCAUCUCUCUCUCACUCACUUUAACACUGCCCCCUCACCACCUCAUCAUCUCCUCAAAUUACCAAUCAAACCUGAUGCUGGUAUCACAGCCAGUCAGACCCAAUGGUGACAUAAUCACACCUCUAGCGACAACACAGACACACACAUAUACAGCACAGGCACACACAUAUACAGCACACACACACAACACUAGCAGCAGACUGCCACCACAACACCACCAUCCAUCAUCAUUACCACCAUCAUCCUCCGCUGAUCACUUCCUUCAUCUCUUCUUACCAUAAACACAGUUUGCCGCGCUGGAGACUGCUUAGCAGGCAUGUUUCUGCAGAAACAUCAUUGCUCACUCAUUUCUCCCUCCUCCUCCUCCUUCCUCUCAUCGCAGACUCUUUGAUUGACGACAAGGAAGGAAGGAAGGAAGAAACAAACAAAAAAAAAAAGAAGCAAAGACAGAAAGAAAAAAGAAAGAAGUGCUAAAGAAAGAGAGAAAGAUGGAAGAAUCAGGACUUGAAACAACAACCAAAAGAGGCAAUCGGCCCUUUAUUUGGUUAGAAAUGAGAACUGUUAUGAUCUCCCUUUGUAUUCUCGCAACUGGUCUUGGUAUAAGCCUUGUGGUAAUUCUCAGCAUGAAGAACCAGAAAGAUCCUCAACAAUUAGCUCUUGAAAAUUUAUGUUUGACAAAAGAUUGCGUUAAAGCAGCGGCAAGACUGAUGGAUGCAAUGAAUACCAAGGUAGACCCAUGUGAUAACUUUUAUGACUUUGCCUGUGGAAGUUGGAAAAGACUGAAUCCAAUUCCAGAAGAUAGUUCCAGUUACAGCACAUUUGAACAACUUAGGAACCAACUACAGUCCUUACUUAAAGAUCUCCUUGAAUCUGAAAUCUCAGAUGAAGAAAAUAUUUCAAUCCAAAAAGCCAAAAUACUUUAUUCUUCUUGCAUGAAUAAAAGUUUAUUGGAAGACAGAGAUUUGUCUCCUUUAAGGAUAUUCCUGGAUGAACUUGGUGGUUGGCCUGUCGUUGAUAUCAAUUGGAAUGAAAGUAAUUUUAACCUCUACAGUCUGAUGUCAAAACUACGCUUGUACAACAACAACAUUUUUGUAUAUAUGUGGGUUUCUACGGAUGAGAAAAACUCCAGUACCAAUAUUAUCCAAAUUGAUCAAGGUGACCUUGGAAUGCCUUCAGCUGACUAUUUUACUUCAAAAGAACAUGAAGACAAAUUGAAUGCCUACAAGAAAUUUGCUGAGAAUGUUGCAAUUACAUUAGGAGCCACUUCUUCCGAGGCUGAAAAGCAAAUAGAUGAAGCAAUUAAACUUGAAAUCCAAAUUGCAAAUAUCACGGAGCCAAGUGAAGGCCGAAGAGACUAUGAGACCAUGUACAAGAAAUUCACCAUUGAAGAACUGACAAAUAAAUUACCUGAGUUUGAUUGGUUAAAAUAUUUAACAGAGACAUUUAGUGCAGCCAACAUCACCCUCACCACUGAACAGCCUGUUGUUGUUUAUGCCUUGGAUUUUCUAACAAAUCUUGUUCAGAUCUUAAAAGUAACUCCCAAAAAGACUCUGGCUAACUAUCUGGUAUGGAGAAUUAUUAUGAAUCGGGUUAAUAAUUUACCCAAAAAGUACAGGGACAUGAAGAAGGAUUACCAUGAGAGAAUCUUUGGUCAGCAAAGUGAGACACCAAGAUGGCGGGAAUGUGCAACAUUUGUGGCAGACAACCUGGGAAAUGCUAUUGGACGGCUCUUUAUCGCAAAUUACUUUGACGAAGAAGCUAAGAAAAGCGCCAAAGAAAUGAUCCAGAACAUCCGAGAAGCUUUUAAUGAACUUCUACAUGAGGUAGAAUGGAUGGACAGCAGUACGAUAGAAGUGGCACAAGAGAAGGCAAAUGCCAUUGUUGAAAGAAUUGGAUAUCCACCUUACAUACUUAAUGAUACAGUUUUAACGAACAUGUACUAUCACGUCGACUACCAAUCAGAUUUUUAUUUUGAAAAUGUACUGACCACUAUCAAAUGGAAUGCUAUGAUUAACUUAAAACAACUUGGACAACCAGUGGACAAUGAAGAAUGGUUAACACCACCAGCUGUUGUCAAUGCCUUUUAUAGUUCCACAAAGAAUGAAAUAUUAUUCCCUGCUGGCAUUCUACAACCACCAUUUUACAGUAAAGGCUAUCCAAAAUUUAUGAACUAUGGUGGAAUUGGAAUGGUAAUUGGUCAUGAAAUAACCCAUGGUUUUGAUGACAAAGGAAGACAAUAUGACAAAGAUGGUAACCUGAAACAAUGGUGGGAUGAUGUUGUGAUUGAACGCUUCAAGAACCAGACUCAAUGUAUGAUAGAACAGUAUGGUAAUUACUUGGUCCCAGAGGCUAACAUGAAUGUACGUAUAACCUCUACAUUUCAUAGCUCAAUAUGGAGAGUUAUGUGCAGUAUAUUCAGUUUUUGCUUCUCUUUAACUGCCCCACAGGCCUAUGAACAUUGGAAGAAGAAAACAGGAGGUAAAGAACAAACACUGCCAGGUCUCUCCUCCUACACUCCUGAACAAAUGUUUUUCCUCAAUUUUGCCCAUGUUUGGUGUGGCUCAAUGCGUCGAGAAGCUGCCAUUAAUAGAAUUCAGACAAACCAUCACAGUCCGGGAAGAUUUAGAGUCAUUGGUCCACUGCAGAAUUCUCCAGAAUUUUCUCAAGUCUUCAACUGCAAACAAGGAUCCUAUAUGAAUCCAGAGCAGAAAUGUACAGUAUGGUAGUGUGAGAGUGGAUGGUGGUAAAUUUGUGUGGAGUCAUGUAUUGGAUGGCAAUGUGAGUAGGUGGGUGGAGUUAUAUCUGUAUUAAAUUGUGUAAAAUAUGGUAAUGUGGGUGGGUGGAAUUAUGUCUGUGUAAAGUUGUGCAUAGUAUAAAAGUAUGGGUGGAGCUAUAUCUAUGCCGAUACAAUGAGGGUGAGUGGUGUUACAUCUGUGUUAUGUCGGGUAUAAUGUGGUAGUGUGGUAGGUGGAGUUAUGUCUAUGUAGAGUUGUGUACAGUAUGGUUGUGUGGGUGGGUGGAUGGAGUUAUAUCUGUGUAGAGCUGCUGUAUUGAAUGGGAGUGUGGCUGGAGCUACACCUGUACAGUUGUCGUACAGUAUGGUUAUGGGGGGAGAGUUAUAUCUGUGUGGUGUUUGUGUACAGUAUGGUAAUGUAAGUGGAAUUAUAUCUGUGUGGUGUUGUGUAUAAUAUGAUAGUGUGUGUGUGGAGUUAUAUCUGGAUAGAGUAGUUGUGCAGCAUAGGAUGGAGUUAUAUCUGUUGUCUGUUGUUGUUGACGUUUCAACACUGCUUCCUUCUUCACCCAAGAGUUUUGUACAUCUGGAGGAUUUGUGUAUCUUUAGUUGUAUAGUAGUCUGUGUUACCUCUCACAAUUGACUCUACCUCUCUCCCCUCUCUCACUCUAUCACCUCCAGCAGUGGACUGUUUCUACCACUUUCUCUCCUGUAUCAACAUAUUUUAACACAAAGUAAAUCUUAAUAUAUGUGUGUGUGUGUGUGUGUGUGUGUAUGCGUAUGUGUGUGUGUACAUUCGUGUGAGUGUGUAUACAUGAGCACUGUAUACAUUAUUAUUAUUAUUAUUAUUAUUAUUAUUAUUAUUUGAUUGUUAUUCUGCAAUUUAACUCGGGUUUUGUUGGAACUCCUGGAGUUUUGCAUGAGUAGUGGACUUGCUACCUGCAACCUACAGUACCAUGCUAUCUGUACUUUCCAACUACUACUACUACUACUACUACUACUACUAUUAUUAUUAUUAUUAUUAUUAUUAUUAUUAUUAUUAUUAUUAUUAUUAUUAUUAUUAUUAUUAUUAUUAUUAAGGCAGUGAGCUGGCAGAAUCAUUAGCACACUGGGUGAAAUGCGUAGCGGUAUUUUGUCUGCUGGUAUAUUCUGAGUUCAAAUUUUACUAAGGUCGACUUUGCCUUUCAUCCUUACAGGAUCAAUAAAAUGCAGUAUCAGUUAAAAAAUCAAUAUCUGGGGUCAAUAAAAUUGACUAGUUCCUCAUCUCCCUAAAAUUGCUGGCCUUGUGCCAAAAUUUGAAACAAUUAUUAUAAUUAAGGAAGUAAACAGGCAAAAUCAUUUGCUCAUGCCAAAAAUGCUUAGCAGCAUUUCCUCUAGCUUUUUACGUUUUGAGUUCAAAUACUGGUGAGGUCAACUUUACUUUUCAUCCUUUAAGGGUUGAUCAAAGAAAAGUUGCAGCCAAGUGCUGCGGUCAAUGUAAUCAACUUGUCCCAUUUUCUUCUAUUUGCUGACCCUCUACCAAAAUUAUAAAGAAUUACUUAUUAUUAUUAUAUAUGAAUGUAAUUAUUAUUAUGUGUAAUUAAUGUGUUGCCCUCUACAUCACUUCAUUAACACACACUUCUCUCUCUCUCUCUCUUUCUCUCGCCCUCUCACAUGUGCACACACACACACAAUGCUAUGUAGACCUGCUGAUUGAAGAAUAACUCAAGGUAUAUACAGCAAUGUAUGUUUAUAUUUCUGUAUAAAUCUCCAGUUGUUUUCUAUAAUUUAGUUUGUCUAAAUAUUAUAUACACAUAGAUAUGCAUGCAUAUGUAUGUAUGCAUGUGUGUGUGUGUGUGUGUGUGUGUGUGUGUGUGUGUGUGUGUGUAUACAUACAUGUAUAUAUAUUAAUGUCUAUCUUUAUGUCAAGUUCUAAUAAAGGCGAUUUAACAGUAAACUGAAGAAUUACUCUAUAUUCUCUACUUUCUUGUAGAGUACAUAUCUAUUACACUUUGAAAAGAAGAAGGGUGACAGUGACUUUGAACUUUUGGUCUGCAAGUUGUCAUCAGACAAUCCAACGAAAGCUAGCAAGCUGAAACUUCAAAGUUGCUGUCACCUCUAUUCUUAUAAAGUAUAUAAUUAAUAUAUGUAUAUGAAAUGAGUUUGACUCAGCUUCACAUUUAAAGUUUUGUGAGUGCAGGGCGUGGCAAUAUUAUUAGAUGUUUAGAGUCAGAGUGAAGAUAAUUUAAAAGAAAUUUGAAAUGGCUUCUUGGUAAGAAUAUUUAGGCUUUCAUUGGUUAGUUCAGGUCAUGUGGUUGGCUUAGCUACAUUAGCAAUAUUUGUUCUUUUCAUCGGAUGCCCCAGGUUAAGCAGAGGCACCAGUUAGUAUUCUGUAGAUUGUGUUAUUUCAGCUUUAACAGUUACCAUUUGGGAAGGUAUCUAAUUUGAUAACUGUUGAAUUAUGUAUGAAUUUGCAUCACCAGCACAGGGGAUAGCAUGUAUAUGUGUAUGUAUGUGUGUAUGGAUGGAUAAAGAAACAGACAAAAAGGUGUAUGGCUGUAUAUACACAUAUAUAAACAGAUAUAGGUAUAUAUGAACAUACACAUACUUUAGGAAGGAUAUCUAGCCAUAAAAACCAUACCAAAACGUUAAAUACUGCUGCCACUGCUGAUAUAUAUAUAUAUAUAUAUAUAUAUAUAUAUAUACACACACACACAUAUGCAUAUACAUAUAUGUAUAUAUACAUAUAUACCAGUGCUAAUAGUAUCAGUUGUAGCCACUAUCAAGACUGAAAAUGUUGAGAAUCAUUCAAUAUUUAUGUUUAUUUAUGAACUGCUGAAAUUUUCAAUCACAUGAUCUUGUCAAACAAAUGAAACAGCCAUAAGACUGUACAGUUUGCAAUGAAACAAUGUAAUACAUAUAAAUGAUUAUGGUUGACUUUGCCUUUCAUCCUUUUGAAGUCAAUGAAAUAAUAAGUACCAAUUGAAUACUGGAGUUGAUGAAAUUCACUAGCUUUCUCCUCCUCCAAAAUGUUCAGGCCUCGUGCCUAUAGUAGAAAGGAUUUUCAGAAUAAUAACAAGACCAAAAUUGAUAUUUUGACUGUAUUUAAUACACAUGUAUGGAGUAAUUAUGUAAGAUAAUCACUAUGUAAUACUACCCUCUUCAGUCAACAUAAAAAAAUAUACGUAGCUCAGGUUACCAGCUGGAAGGACAAAAACAUGAAACUGACAGUACUGGAAAUUACGAACCUUUUGGAAAUAAUGUAUUUAAGAAUACUCUCCAUUUAUAUAUUGAAUUCUAUAAUUUAUUGCUUCUCGGUGAAUGAACAGAAAUUGAUAUAUAUAUAUAUAUAUAUAUAUAUAUAUAUAUAUAUAUGAGUGUGUGUGAGCAUACGUUAUCAUCUUAACUGUGUUAUAUCACAAUCUCAUCACUCAGUUUUAAAAUAAACUCAGAUUCUUACCCUUUAUCUAAACCCUCUAUUUUUCAUUUGAUUCUUUCAUAACAAAUUUUUUAUAUAUAUUUGGGAUUUUUUUAGACAGAAAAGAAAAAGGAAAACAUACUCAAUAGCUUCAUUUGCUAAAUUUAUACAAAUUUCAUUGAAUCUUGGUGUGAAAUUGCAUUUCCUGUAAAACCCAUUUUUGUAAUGAGUUAGCUUGGUAUAUGAUGUUUAAUGUAUUAAAGUUUGUCUGUUCUACCAUCUGUAUUUAACGUGUUACCAAAAGAUAUUUACAUUAAUAUAUAUAAAAAUAUAAAUAAUACAUGAAGCAAUGUAUAUAUUUGUUCUGUCGAGUUCUUUGGCACCUCACACUUGCAAUGUUUUUAUUUUUGUUUGUUUUUGUUCCUCAAAUUCCAUGUUCUUGAUGAUAAUAAAAGUAAUCAAACAAUUCAAUUAAAAUA